UAUAUUUGUGAGUUGCAAAUGUUAAUAGCAACGUUUCUUAAGAAAAAUAACAAAUGGAUGUUAUAGUCAAAUUCCCAACCAGAGUUUCAUCGCAUGGUCUGGGAAUAAACUCAGACAUCAAAAGGAGACUCACCCCCAGGUUCUCACCUAACAAAAGAACAUGCAACUUGCACAAAAAGAUGGAGAUAGAACAAAGAAGCAUAUGUUUCAAGAAGAAUGUCCAAAACAAAACUUGGGAUAGCAACAGAAUUUCGGCCAUAUCAUCAAAGAAGGGAUCCAAAUACGGGCAAAAUUCAUUGCCUCCGGCAGAGAUAGUAGAUCACUUCUACACAUGUAUCAAUGAGAAAGAGCUACAACAAUUGGAUGCAUGCAUAUCUCAAGAUGCCAGCUUUUAUGACUAUUCCUUCAUCAAACCAUUUCAAGGAAAGAAGGAAGUGAUGCAUUUCUUACAGCAGCUUAUUGCUGGCAUGGGACAGAAUGUGAAAUUCAGAGUGAGAACUAUAUGUGAGGGAGAUGAUUUAACAGUUGCGGCAAGCUGGCACUUGGAAUGGAAAAAGGAACAAAUCCCAUUCACCAGGGGCUGCAGCUUCUUCCAGUUGGCGAAAGUAGAAGAAAACAUGAUAAUUAGGGGAGCUGAGAUAUUAAUUGAAUCACCAAUCAAACCAGGAAGCAUAGUUCUGACUUUAUUGAAGACCGUGACUUCAUUGUUUGAUGACUUUCCAAAUGCAGCUGAAUGGUUUUUAAGAAGACCUCAUGCAAUACUAAUAUGGAUGUUGAAAAUUUACAAAAUAUUUGUAGAGCCUUUUCUUAGUCCACUACUAGAUGGCUACAUCAAACUAUGGAGCUUCAUGAUACGAUUGCUUAGCUAUGCAUUCAGUGUUGCUAUGUUUAUUUCUAAAACUAUAUUUAAGUAGAGGGUAUGAUAUCUCACAUCACUUUCCAUCAUCAUCGGAGCUCCAGUUCCACCAUGUAUCCAACAACGAAAGGGCAACCAAGGGUCCUAUAACAGGAGGAAGUCGUGGAGGUCGACUAUAGGCGACAAUUGGGUCAAUCAUCUCUUUAGUAGCUAGCUCCAUUUCGUUCUUCUCUUGAUUCUUCGGAGUUGAUGUCGCCAAUAUAC